AUGUCGUGCUUUCGACGUCUCUUUCUGCUUACCUGUCUCUUCUUCCUCUGGGCUAUCUCUUCCGAUGCAUACCGGCCCAUCAGGAAAACCUAUCGACAUAUCGUCCCACGCCAAGGCACUACUCGGGUCACUUCCAUCUCCUUCUCGCCUGAAGCCGAAGAUGGCUGUUUCCCUUUCAAUGUCGAUGGCUCGGAUUCGGGCUUGACCGCCUGCGUUGCAAUCCAAGGCGAUCAGGUUGUCGUGACUUAUCCCGAUAUCUCGUCUCUCGGCGAUAACUAUGAAGACAUUGGUGUGAUCAUCGGGACAGGGCCUACGGACGAGACUAACCUUGCUGGGGCUCAAUUCACCUUGGAGAACGGCUACUGUACGAUUGAGGGUACUUCGGCUUCUUGCUCGAUCCCGAUCUAUGAGAUUACCUACAAUCCAUGCUCCGGCACUAUCUGGAAUAUCCGAAUCAUUGGCGACCUCACAUCGGGAAGCACUGGAAUUGCGGACGGUCAGUUCAACUUUGGAUGUGGUGUCAUCCCCACUAGCUCUCCUACGACCACUACUACGACCACCACUACUACGAGGCGGCCUACCACCACCACCACUACGACUAGGCCAACUACCACUACAAGGCCUACCACCACCACCACCACUACGACAACAACUACGCCUACAACUACCACGACAACGACAACGACAACGACAACGACGACAACGACUCCCGCCACCACCACUACGACGCCUAUAGUGCCAACUACAACGACCACCACCACGACCCCUAUUAUACCAACUACUACUACAACCACCCACCUCUAUUAUUACUGA